AUCUUACUUCUCAAAAUAGAGUUACGCCCGAUACCUACGCAGUAGCUCUGAGCAGGGGAGCCUUUGUAAAGUGCUGUAAGCUCUGUGCAUUCCGAUUUCUCUCUUUCCUUGUAUCUCUAUUCUCUGUUACUAAAUCUAGAGUGGAUUCGCUAGAAUCCCAGAUGCCAGUUUUGACGCAUUCUUCUCGGAGCUUUGAGAAUCGUGGAGUUUCCUGCUCUACCCUGCUCUCUUUCUUUACUUGGAUUUUGCUUCCCAAAAUCAAAGGCCCCUAAUUUCAGUUGAUUUUUUGGGUUUGUUUUUGCCUAAUUUUGGGCUUUGAGAGGUCCAAUCGGCUGCAGAUUCAUGAGAAAAAACCUACACGAAAAUAAAAGAAAAGAAAAGAAAAGAAAUUUGGGUUUUGGGGUGACCGUUGCUGAGCAAGAUGGGAUGUUCAAACCGGGGAAUAUGCGCGAGAUUGUUAAUGGGGUUGAUGGUGGUUUCAUCGGCCGCGAUGUGUCUGGGAAACACAGACCCCCGUGAUGUUGUUGCAAUAAAUAGCUUAUUUGAUGCUGUGGGUCGUCCGCCGCUGCGUGGAUGGACACUUUCUGGAGGAGAUCCGUGUGCAGAAAACUGGGAGGGUGUGGAAUGUGUGUUCUCAAACGUAACAGGAAUUGUUCUUCCCGGCGCGAAUCUGAGUGGACAACUGAGCGAUAACUUGAAUUCUUUCGCAUCUCUCAUGACACUAGAUCUGAGUAACAACCAUAUUGGAGGUAGCAUUCCAUCCAAUUUGCCCGCUACUGCCCAGCAAAUUUUUCUUUCAGGUAACCAGUUCAAUGGAACCAUCCCGAGCAUGAUCACUUCAUUGACUCAAUUGAAAGACAUCUGUAUUCUCAUCAGGUCGCUCAAUAAUAAUCAUUUAAGUGAAGGAAUACCGGACGUAUUUCAACAGCUUACGGAUUUGAUAAAUUUGGAUCUGUCAGGCAAUAAUUUAAGUGGUCAACUGCCGCAAUCCUUACAGGAUCUAUCUUCUCUUACCACAUUGCACUUGCAGGACAAUCAAUUCACAGGAAUGCUUGAUGUUCUACAGAAUCUUCCCCUAACUGACUUGAACAUAGAGAACAACCUGUUCUGGGGACCCGUACCAGUGAAGCUGUUCAGUAUUCCAAAUUUUAGAAAAGAUGGUAACCCCUUUAAUACUACUGUUAUACCAUCACCCCCGGCCUUGGCCCCGCCCCCAGCAACGGCCCCAACCUCACCUGCUCCAUCAUCUUCAUUGACACCAUCUCCUGAACAAUGGCAUCAAGGGAGACAACCAAAUCGACCAUCUGCCCCUGAAACAUCGAGCUCUGCAACAGCAUGGAGAUUCUUGACAACUAAGAGAAUUGUUUGGGUUUCCAUUGGAGGGACUUUUAUCAUUUUAGUAAUUGCUGUAGUAUCAUUGUUUUUGAUAUCGAGAUGCUGCAGAAGAAGGCAAGUGGCCAACAAAAUUGCCAAGAAGCAUGAUAUAUCUGCAAAUAUAGGCCCCAAACCUGCAUUUAAUGAUUGUAUGCUGCAACUAAAUGGUCAAUUUGAGAAAGCUGUUCCGAGAGAGGUAGUUGUGAAGUCAUCGCUGCCACCCCGGCCUCCUCCCCCACUUCAUCCUGUUGAGGAGGUCAAGCCCACUGAAACAACUUGUGUGAGGCACACAAUAGAAGAUACAAACUGUGCAAGUUCUUUAAGCUCCUUUACCAUUGCAUUGCUUCAACAAUGCACAAAUAGCUUUUCUCAAAAAAAUUUUAUUGGACAAGGUAUGAUUGGCAGCGUUUAUAGGGCUGAGCUUCCCAAUGGAAAGCUACUGGCUGUCAAGAAACUGAAUGCUGCAGCUUCCAGAUGGCAGACUAAUGAUGAAUUUCUUCAGCUAGUGUAUAGUAUCUCAAAGCUAAAAAAUGCAAAUCUUGUUGAGCUGGUGGGUUACUGUGCUGAUCAUGGGCAAAGGCUACUUGUGUAUGAGUAUUGCAGAAAUGGGACACUCUAUGAUGCGUUGCAUUUGGAUGAAGAGAUUCACAUGAAACUUUCAUGGAAUGCACGCAUUUGUAUUGCACUUGGAGCUGCAAGAGCCCUAGAAUAUCUGCAUGAGGUCUGUCAGCCACCAAAUGUGCAUCGGAAUUUCAAGUCUGCUAAUAUUCUUCUUGAUGACAAGCUUGCUGUUUGUGUUUCGGACUGUGGUUUGGCUCCACUAGUGCCAUCUGGCUCUGGAAAUGAGUUGUCAGGAGACCCUUCGUCUGCAUAUGGUUAUGGUGCUCCAGAAUCUGAGUUAGGAAGCUAUACUCACCAGAGUGAUAUAUACAGCUUUGGAAUUGUAAUGUUAGAACUCCUCACAGGGAGAAAAUCAUAUGACAGGUCGCGACCUUGGGGUGAGCAAUUUCUAGUUAGAUGGGCAAUUCCCCAGCUUCAUGAUAUCAAUGCAUUAUCAAGGAUGGUUGAUCCUACUUUAAAUGGAGCAUAUCCUUCCAAGUCUUUAUCACGAUUUGCUGAUAUAAUUUCCUUAUGUGUGCAGUUGGAACCUGAAUUUAGGCCCCCAAUGUCCGAAAUUGUCCAGGAUCUAUCACACAUGAUUGAAAGGGAAGGAUGAGUAAAGAAAUGGAUUGCAGUAGGAAAAGAAAAUGUCAAGAACCAGUGAGCUUGAAGAGGCUAGAAUUUUGGUCUGACAGAAACUUUCCAGAAAUGAGAAUAGACUCCAGCUGCAUGCUUAAAUCUCUAUUAUUACAAUUCAUGAUUCAUGUACAAAGGGUUUCAUUUGAGUUAACUUACAAAGUAGCCUGCUCUAUAAUCCUAGGGCUGUACCUGUUUGAUUCUUUGCUUGAGUAGGAUCAUUUCUCCAUGCUCAUAGUAUCACAUGGGCUUAUUUAUUUUUUGAGCUGUUAUAUUUAUGAUAGUUUAUUUUUGUGCUAUUCCUUGGUAAUGUAAUUUCUUAUGGUUGUAAAUAUUUUGUGCUGAUUCAUGUCUGAUGUUAAACAC